UGUGCCAAUGGAAACUCUCCUCUCGUCUGGCUACAACGCCUCGACUCCCUGUUCAGCCGACAGUCACAGUAGCUGCUCUACACCGUUCCUUUCAGACAGUCGGUAUCAGUGGAGCAACAAAAGCUUUUCACAUUACUUGCAAUUCCCCAUCCUUCCCUGGUUUUGUUUUCUUACCCUAUUUGUCCCAGUCAUGGCGGCGAGUGCGAAAAGAAAGCAGGAGGAGAAACACCUGAAGAUGCUGAGAGAAAUGACGAGUUUGCCUCCCAACAGAAAGUGCUUUGACUGCGAUCAGCGCGGCCCAACCUAUGCCAACAUGACGGUGGGGUCUUUCGUCUGCACCUCCUGCUCUGGCAUUCUGCGAGGGCUGAACCCACCCCACAGAGUGAAGUCCAUCUCCAUGACAACCUUCACGCAACAGGAAAUCGAGUUCCUCCAGAAACACGGCAAUGAGUCAUGCAAACAGAUAUGGCUGGGGCUUUACGACGACAGAACCGCCUCCAUACCGGACUUUAGAGAACCCCAGAAAGUCAAGGAGUUCCUUCAGGAGAAAUACGAGAAGAAGAGAUGGUUUGUUCCCCCGGAGCAGGCCAAAGUGGUGGCUUCGGUCCACGCCUCCAUCUCAGGCUCGUCAGCCAGCAGCACCAGCAGCACCCCCGAGGUCCGACCCCUCAAAACACUGCUGGGGGAGUCAGCCCCCACCCUGCACCUCAACAAGCACACACCCAGUCAGUCUCCGGUGGGGAGUCGUGUGGCCCAGGCCCUUCAGCUGAGCCAGCAGCAGUUCCACGACAAGAAGUUUGACCUCCUCAGCGACCUGGGCGGAGACAUUUUCGCCGCUCCAUCCCACUCGCAGACGGCAGCAGGCUUGGCGGCCAACUUUGCCAACUUUGCACAUUUCAACAGUCACCCAGCUGCUCAGAACGCAAACGCAGACUUUGCUAACUUUGAUGCAUUUGGGAGCGCGGGUCCAUCGGGUGCUUUCCCCUCGGCACCCCAAGCCCCCUUCCAGACCUCACAUACAGCGUUCACGUCCCUCUCAUCCAGCCGCAGUGUGGGUGAGUUUGCCACCGCUGGCACUGUUCUACCUCACCCGGGUGCAGGUGCUCACAGAGGUAGCGUCCCUAGCGGGGUUCCGGGCUCUCUCCCCCCGGUGGCGUCGGCAGGACUGCGUCACCCCCAGAGUCAGCUGACGGGUACGUCGGCGGCAGACCGCUACGCCGCGCUGGCCGAGCUGGACAACGUGUUCGGCUCGUCGGCCCCCGCCACCAGUGUCUACAACACCAUCAGCACUUCUCAAGGGGGGAUGUUUGGCCCUGUGACAGGAGUCUCGUCAGCCCAGGCACAACAAUGUGUGUCCAGCAUGCCCCAGGGUUUUGGAGGUCCAUCAACAAACCCCUUUGCUGCUGCAGCGGUUGCCCCGGCAAUAGCCACCACCAACCCCUUCCAGAGCAACGGGAGAGCAGCGGCCAUGGCAGCAGCAGGCCUGUUGGGGGCUCUGCAUGGGCAGGGUUACCCUCCAGCCCACUUUGCCACGUUUGGCACAGGCUCCAUGAGCAUGCCAGCCGGAUUCGGGAACGCUGCUGCCUACAACCUCCCCACCAGCUUCAGUGGGACCUUCCAACAGCCCUUCCCUGGCCAGGCCCCCUUCCCCCAGCCUCCGGCCUAUCCCCAGCAACCCAACGGAGGGGGGUAUUCUGCCUAUGGACAGGCCAAGGCUGUGGUGACCCCCUUUGGACAGGCGAUGGCUGCACCUGGGGUCUCUAGUAACCCCUUCUUGGCGGGCGCCCCUUCAGGACACUACCCCUCAGGAAGCUCUUCAACUAAUCCUUUCUUAUAGCACUGCUCCACCUAAACUCCACCACUAGGGUGAUGUCAACUGGCGUGCUCCGCUUGCACCUCUUGCACUGUUUUGUUUCACAAGACGCUUUAAAAAGACAAACAAUGUUUCUAAAACUGGUAUUUUGUAUUAAGUGACGUAACUGACACCGUCCAUGGCAACAAAAAACAAAACAAGGUAAAGGUGUGUAGAGGGACGGGAGGGUGUUGGGGGCGUCAGGAAGCCUAGCUGUUAAGAGCGUUGGGCCAGUAAUCGAAAGGUCGCUGGUUCGAAUCCCCGAGCCGAAUAGGUGAAAAAUCUGUCAAU